AGUGAGACGAAGAACAAGUGGGUCGGCUCUGCCUGCUUUCCACCCGUGGAGAACCCUCCCGAGGAGACUGGUGCUAACUCUUGGGCCACAGAUGGGCGUGCAUGCUUGAGCUGUCAUCAGCGCAAAGUCCGAUGCGAUGCCUUGAGGGUUGGUACGCCCUGCUCCAAUUGCCGAAUGCAGAAUCGGCCUGAAUGCCGGAUGUACGGGAGAUCAAAGUCGCUUCGAUCAGCUUCAGCACAGGAAGAGUCUGCUCCAGCACCCACACUACCGCGGCUGCCCACGAUCGAUAAGCCGAGGGCGCCUUUCCAGCUCGAUGACGGCGGCGCUUGUCCAGCUCUGGCAUCUGAAGACGGGCACAGAGCACUUCCCUCAGUCCCAUCUGCCACAAGAUCUGUGGGGUCUGUCGACACGUCUGGAGGCUCAGCAUCUCCCGGCGAAGAGUUUGAUCCGGCCAGUCCUGAGGACGAGCGGGCUGCUAGGAGCCUUGCCGACUUUGUCAACCAGGAUGAUAUCGAGGCAAGAGCCAUAGGAGACGACUCGCGCUUGUAUUUCCUCGGAACGGAGUCAUCCAACUUGAACUACCUGGUCCGACAACGGGUUCGUACCAGCAGCCAGGAUGGGGUUGUCCAUUUCUCGAGCCGGCAGCUUGAGCGUAGGGACACCGCCUAUGAUCACCAAAGCAUGCCCAAGGAUGUGUAUAUACUUCCAAGCAGAGCAUUGGCAGACAGCCUCGUCGACACUUAUUUCCGCCAAGUCAACAGUGGCUGGCCGAUUGUAGAUGAAGACGACUUCAUGACGCGGUACAAUGCUAGAGACCGCCAGAAUCCCCCAGCCCUGACACUUCUGCAUGCUAUACUUCUCGUUGGCGCACAUGUGCUCGUUGCGAGCCGGCCAGAUUUGCGCGAGUUGAAACAAGCCUGCUACCGCCGAGCUAAGUCGCUUUUCGAUGCCCGGUUCGAGCAAGACCGGACUAUGCAUGUGCAGGUUGCAUUGCUUUUGAGCUGGCACUCGGACGGCGUCGAAGAUGUUCUCGCCAACACUUGGCACUGGGUCGGCCUUGCAGUCAGAGUGGCUCUAGGUAUCGGCAUGCACCGCGAUUCAACCCGUUCGGGCUUGUUGCCUGUAUAUAAGCGGACGUGGGUGCGGCUCUGGUGGACUCUGGUGCAAUUCGACGUGCUGACCUCUCUCUUUUACGGCCGCCCCCAGGCAAUAAAUGUAGAGGAAUCUGACGUCCCGCCUUUGAGCGAUAGCUAUUUUGAAGGGAUCCCCCAAGCUCAUCGACAUUUCAUCGUGUACCAUACCAGGCUUUGCAGGACGGUGUCCAAUUUGAUGAAAACCAAGGGGGUGUUUAAAUCCUCGAGUGCUUUUCAUCCCGACCAAUUGCGGAAAGCAGAAAGGCAGCUGGCUGGCUUUUCCAUGUCCCUUCCUGACGACAUGCGCCUAGACACAGCAAAGGGAAACGAUAUUUGGUCGAUGGCUUUGCAUCUCACUUAUAACAACGUGCUCAUUCUUCUCCAUCGACAGCUUCCUGGAGUGGGAAACCGUUUUACAGAAGACAUGGAGAUCUGCCGAGACGCAGUCAGCUGCAUCAUUUCAAUAUCGAAUUGCCUCCGUAGGCAAAGAGGGCUGUCUAGUCUAUCGAUAUUCGGCGUGAGUGCAGUUUUCACUGCCGUCGUCCAGACCAACGCGGACUUGGACUCCACCAACCCAAUCUUUGCCGCUAAAUCGCUUCAAAACCAUGGUUCUUUACUCUUGGUGCUGCGCGAACUGUCGAGGCAUUGGCUGUAUGCAAAUAGUGUCUUAAGUCUUUACGAACGGCGUGCAGAUGCGGGAUGUGCGCAUCGUGAAGUCGAGUCAACUCAUCAAGAUGGCGGCUUUGCUACUGGUCGCGGCCGCGGAUAUGGAAUGAUUUCUCCCGUGAAAGAAAUGGAUCUGCAUGGCCCUGAAGGCGGCGGCGUGAGAGACAUGGUGACCGACACUAGUGAUGCGGUCAACCCUACCACUGACCACGCCGCGAAUGGAACUGAUGUAGCAAUUAAUGCGCAGCACGAAGGACAACACAUGGCUGUGGAGCACUGGAUGGCGUACGGCACGGAGGGAGCCGAUGGCGAUCAGAGCACAUUCAACGAUAGGCAUUCAAGUGAUCUUAUGCCGUCUAUUCAAGACGAUGCAGCUCUUGACCUUUUGCUCGCUGGGCUGCAUGGUGACUAUACUGAAUGA